CCCGGGCGGGGGAGCCCGGGAAAAGUCCAGUCCGCGUUUUACCGACCGCCCGGCAGUCAUCAGAGAGAAGUGGAUAAUCGCUGUUCGAGCGCUCUCUCUCUCUCUCUCUCUCUCCUCUCUCAUGCCAUGCUGGGCCAGAGAGGCUCAGGCAGACGUGUGUUUACCCAUAUCCGGGUUGGGGAGGAAAAGAAGAAGAAAAAAAGUUUUAUUUAAACCUGAACCCGAAAGAGGAAAAAAACCCACAAAACCACCCCAGAAACCCCACUUUCCACGUGAAAUCGGGAACGGGCGUAGACCCGAAGGCCUCAUGCCCACUUGUAAAUCUCCAAUCGAGGACUUCGGGGGCUGCUUUAAUUGGGCGGGGGGGGGGGCGAUUAAGACCCAAGUGACGGUGGAUUCAAAAGUUGUCGUCUGUUUCUCUCCCCCCCAACGGGCACUUUUUUGUUGUCUGUUGUGGUGAGGGGCUGUUUUUGUGUUUUGAACCUCGGGGGCCGGACUGACUUGCAAUGUUGCAAUAAUCAUGGCCGCGCAAGGACCAGCCGCGGCCGGCCCGGAGAGGGCGAGGGGCAGGAGCCAGGAGGGCCUUCCCCCGCCGCCGGCUCCUUCGGAUGGGGGCUCGGGCCCCCGGUCGGGGGUCGAGGGCCGCGGGCCCGGCCAUCCCGGCCCCUCCGCUGCCCCCCGGCCCCUCCGUGGCCGCCGCCACCAUGAGCCCAACAUGGCCAGUGAUAAGGCGAGCGCCUCCGCCGCCGGGAACAGUAAAAGCGGCGGGCCGCAGGGGGCUCCGGAGCCAGGGGGCAAGGCCGCCGUUUUAUCCUCCUCUUCCUCCUCCUCCUCCUCCUCGGCCAUGGAGACGGGGCUGCUCCCCAACCCCAAACUGAAAAACGUUGGCCAUCCCCUUGCCGCACCUCCCCACCCGCACCACCACCAUCAUGCCCACCAGCACCCCCCACUACAGCACCAGCUAAACCAAUUCCAGCGGCGGCGGCGGCGGCAGCAGCAGCAGCGGCAUCAUCCCAUGCCCGACGACCACCACCACCACCACCACGAGCACAGGCACGGGCAGAGCGGAGCGGGCGGCGGCGCCGCUCGGCCCGGGGCAGCCAUGGAGAUGGAGCAGCAACAUGGAGGCGCAGGAAAGGACGGGGCUGUGGGCGGUCGGGCGGAGGGCCGGGGGCAGCCGGGACCGACCCGUUCGGGCGAAGAGGACCAGUCCCCGACUAAGAUGGGGGAGCCGUCGGGCGGCCGCUACGAGCCCCCGAGCCUGGGGGCUCUGGGCGUGCAGCAGCAGCAGCAGCAGCAGCAGCAGCAGCGGCCGGGGCCGGGCGGUGGUAGCCUCGGUAGCCUGGGUAGCCUCGGCUCGGAGCUGAACGACUACUACGGCCGCGCCGCCCCCGUCGCCGGCGGCGUUGGAGGCCGAGCGGGGCCUUGCUUUGAUCAACAUGGCGGACAACAAAGCCCCGGGAUGGGGUUAGGGCCCCCGGCCCCCGGCGGCGCCGACCCCCUGCCCGGCUCCCACGAAGGCUACCCCCACAGCCACUACAACCAUUACCCCGGCUACAGCCGGACGGGCGCGGGAGGUGGAGGAGCGGCGGCGGCAGGAGGAGGAGGAGGAGGAGGGAGCGCGGGGGGAGGAGGAGGAGGAGGAGGAGGAGCAGCAGCAGUGGCGGCCGCAGCGGCAGCAGCGGCAGCGGGAGCAGCGGGAGCGGGCGGCUAUGGGGGCUCGUCCUCUGGCUACGGGGCGCUGAGCUCCCCGAGGCAGCCGGGCGGCAGCACCAUGAUGGGCCCGGGCGGCGGGGGCGGCGGCGGGGCCGCCAGCCUGGGCAAGGCUGCCUCGGGCUCCGCCGCGGGGGGCUUCCAGCGCUUCUCCGGGCAGAACCAGCACCCUUCGGGGGCCACCCCGACCCUCAACCAGCUGCUCACCUCCCCCAGCCCCAUGAUGCGGAGCUACGGCGGGGGGUACCCCGAUUACAGCAACCCCAGCGCCCCGCCGCCCCUGCCCCCGCCGCCGCCGCCCCCGCCGCAGCAGCAGCAACAGCAGCAGCAACAGCAGCAGGCUCAGCCCCAGGCCGGGACCCAGCAGGCGGGCAUGGGCAUGGCCAAAGACCUGGGCGCCCAGUAUGGCACUGCCAACCCGGCCUGGGGAGCGGCACAACAAAGAAAUCACCCGGCCAUGAGCCCUGGAAACACAGGACCGACCCUCAGCCGAUCCCAGGGCAGCCCGAUGGAUCCAAUGGUAAUGAAGAGACCUCAACUGUAUGGAAUGAGCAAUAAUCCUCAUUCCCAACCUCAGCAAAGUAGUCCAUACCCAGGACAGUCCUAUGGCCCCCCGGGGCCCCAGCGCUAUCCACUUGGAAUACAGGGACGGACCCCGGCUGCCAUGGGAGGAAUGCAGUAUCCACAGCAACAGAUGCCGCCCCAGUAUGGUCAGCAAGGAGUAAGUGGCUACUGUCAACAGGGCCAGCAACCAUAUUACAACCAACAGCCACAGGCUCAGCACUUGCCACCCCAGGCUCAGUACUUGCCAUCACAGCCUCAGCAGAGAUACCAAACCCAGCAGGACAUGUCUCAGGAAGGCUAUGGAACCAGAUCUCAACCCCCUAUGACUCCAGGAAAGCCUAAUCAUGACGACUUGAGCCUAAUCCAACAAGAAAGACCAUCAAGUUUACCAGAUUUAUCUGGCUCCAUUGACGACCUGCCCACAGGAACCGAAGCGACGCUGAGUUCAGCUGUUAGCGCAUCAGGCUCUACCAGCAGCCAAGGGGAGCAGAGUAACCCCGCCCAGUCACCUUUCUCUCCUCAUGCUUCUCCACAUCUCUCCAGCAUACCAGGGGGCCCAUCGCCUUCCCCCGUGGGUUCUCCCGUUGGAAGCAACCAGUCGCGAUCUGGCCCUAUCUCUCCUGCAAGUAUUCCAGGUAGUCAGAUGCCACCGCAGCCUCCUGGUAGCCAAUCAGAAUCCAGUUCCCAUCCUGCCUUGAGCCAGUCACCCAUGCCACAGGAACGAGUUUUUAUGGCAGGAACGCAAAGGAAUCCUCAGAUGUCUCAAUAUGGGCCACAACAAACCGGACCGUCUAUGUCACCUCAUCCUUCACCUGGAGGCCAGAUGCAUCCAGGAAUUGGUAGCUUUCAACAGACUAACUCAAGUGGUACUUAUGGACCUCAGAUGAGCCAAUAUGGACCACAAGGUAGCUACUCCAGACCUCCAACAUACAGUGGGGUGCCUAGUGCCAGCUACAGUGGCCCAGGGCCUGGCAUGGGAAUAAAUGCCAAUAACCAGAUGCACGGUCAAGGGCCAAAUCAGCCAUGUGGUACCAUGCCCAUGGGACGGAUGCCAUCAGCUGGGAUGCAGAGCAGACCAUAUUCCGGAAACAUGGGCAGCAUGACUCCUAAUUCUCCUGGCAUGACUCAACAGGGAGGCCCUGGCAUGGGUCCACCAAUGCCCACUGUGAAUCGUAAGGCACAGGAGGCAGCUGCUGCAGUAAUGCAGGCCGCUGCAAACUCGGCCCACAACAGGCAAGGGAAUUUUCCUGUCAUGAAUCAGAGUGGACUUAUGGGAUCCAGCUCGCCUUACAACCAGCCCAUGAAUAACAGCUCCGGCCUGAUGAACCCACAAGGUCCCCCUUACAGCAUGGCCCCUAACAUGGUGAACAGUUCGACAGCAUCUAUGGGUCUUGCAGAUAUGAUGACUCCAGCCGAGUCCAAACUUCCCAUUCCCCUCAAGACGGAUGGUAAAGAAGAAGGCACUCCUCAGCCCGAGGGCAAGUCAAAGGAUAGCUACAGCUCUCAGGGUAUUUCUCAGCCCCCAACCCCAGGCAACCUUCCAGUCCCUUCCCCAAUGUCCCCAAGCUCUGCUAGCAUCUCCUCAUUUCAUGGAGAUGAAAGUGAUAGCAUUAGCAGCCCAGGCUGGCCAAAGACUCCAUCAAGCCCUAAGUCAAGCUCCUCCACCACAACGGUUGAGAAGAUCACCAAAGUGUACGAGCUGGGAAGCGAACCAGAACGUAAACUGUGGGUGGACCGCUAUCUGACCUUCAUGGAAGAGCGGGGAACACCCGUUGCGAGCCUCCAGCGGUGGGCAAAAAAGCCCCUGGAUCUGUAGCUCUACGUCUGUGUCAAAGAGAUUGGAGGCUUGGCCCAGGUUAAAAACAAGAAGUGGCGGGAGCUGGCAACCAACCUAAAUGUUGGCACUUCAAGCAGUGCAGCCAGCUCCCAAAAGCAGUACAUCCAGUACCUGUUUGCCUUUGAGUGCAAGAUUGAGAGAGGGGAGGAGCCCCCUCCAGAGGUCUUCAACGGGGAUACCAAGAAACAACCUAAGAUCCAGCCGCCAUCUCCUGCUAAUUCAGGGUCCUUGCAAGGUCCACAACCCCAGUCCACUGGAAGUAACUCCAUGGCGGAAAUUCCAAGUGACCUGAAACCUCCCACACCAGCAUCGACCCCUCAUGGACAGAUGACUUCUAUGCCAGGUGGCAGAAACAGUGCAGUUAGUGUACAUGACCCCUUCUCCGAUGUGAGCGACUCGGCGUUUCCAAAACGAAACUCUAUGACACCCAAUGCACCAUACCAGCAGGGGAUGAACAUGUCAGACAUGAUGGGAAGAAUGCCAUACGAACCUAACAAGGACCCUUUUGGUGGAAUGAGAAAAGUGCCUGGAAGCAACGAGCCAUUCAUGACACCAGGACAAAUGCCCAAUAGUGGGAUGCAGGACAUGUAUAACCAGACUCCUUCUGGAGCAAUGUCCAAUAUGGGCAUGAGUCAGAGACAACAGUUCGCCUAUGGAGCUGGUUACGACAGAAGGCAUGAAGCUUAUGGGCCGCAGUAUCCGGGACAAGGCCCACCCUCAGGACAGCCACCAUAUGGAGGACACCAGCCUGGAAUAUAUCCACAGCAACCGAACUACAAACGUCACAUGGACGGCAUGUACGGUCCUCCUGCAAAGCGCCACGAAGGGGAUAUGUACAACAUGCAAUACGGCAACCAGCAGCCAGAUAUGUAUAACCAGUAUAGCAGCAGCUACUCUGGACCAGACAGGCGGCCCAUCCAGGGGCAGUAUCCAUACCCCUACAACAGAGAGAGGAUGCAGGGUCCAGGACAGAUGCAGCAACAUGGAAUUCCACCCCAGAUGAUGGGGGGGCCCAUGCAGUCAUCCACCAGCGAAGGGCCACAGCAGACUAUGUGGCCAACCCGCAAUGAUAUGCCUUAUCCCUACCAGAAUAGGCAAGGUCCAGGGGGUCCUGCCCAGGCCCCGCCUUACCCGGCGAUGAACCGCACUGAUGAUAUGAUGGUACCCGAUCAGAGGAUUAACCACGAGAGCCAGUGGCCUUCUCACGUCAACCAACGCCAGCCUUCCUAUAUGGCAUCCUCCGCCUCCAUGCAGCCAAUCACUCGACCCCCUCAGUCAUCCUAUCAGACGCCUCCGUCGAUGCCAAACCACAUCUCCAGGGCCCCCAGCCCAGCCUCCUUCCAGCGUUCACUAGAGAACCGCAUGUCUCCCAGCAAGUCUCCUUUUCUGCCCUCCAUGAAGAUGCAGAAGGUUCUACCUGCUGGGCCACCAUCACAAGUCACCGGGCCUCCUCCACAGCCACCCCCAAUAAGACGCGAGAUCACCUUCCCUCCAGGGUCUGUAGAAGCAUCGCAGCCGGUUUUGAAACAAAGACGGAAGAUUACCUCAAAGGAUAUCGUAACUCCUGAGGCAUGGCGAGUGAUGAUGUCCCUGAAAUCUGGCCUCUUGGCUGAAAGUACAUGGGCUUUAGACACUAUUAAUAUCCUUCUAUAUGAUGACAGCACCGUUGACUUCAAUCUCUCUCAGUUGUCUGGAUUUCUUGAGCUUUUAGUGGAAUAUUUUAGAAAGUGUCUGAUUGAUAUUUUUGGAAUACUUAUGGAGUAUGAAGUAGGAGACCCUGGUCAAAAGGCACUUGAUCACAAUACAGUUAAGAAAGAUGACAGCCCCUCAUCGGCAGAUGAUUCUGGGAAAGAGGAGGAAGAUGCUGAGUGUAUCGAUUUCUAUGAUGAAGAGGAAGAAGAUGAGGAAGAAGAAGAAGAGGAGGAGGAGGCGGCGGAACAUGAAAAAACAGAAAGGGAAGACCAAAGUAUGGUUUUUGCCACUCCCGAUGCCACUGCUGAGCCAAAUGAGAGGCCAAAACAAGCCAGUAAGUUUGACAAACUGCCAAUAAAGAUAGUCAAGAAGAACAAUCUGUUUGUCGUUGAUCGGUCUGACAAACUGGGGCGUGUUCAGGAAUUCAACAGCGGGCUCCUCCACUGGCAGCUUGGUGGGGGUGACACAACCGAGCAUAUCCAGACUCACUUUGAAAGCAAGAUGGAGAUUCCUCCCCGGAGGAGGCCCCUGCCACCUCUGAGCUCCCCUGGAAAGAAGAAAGAGCUAGAGGGAAAGGGGGAUGGCGAGGAGCCACAGGAGAAGAGCAUAACGGCCACCAUCGAUGACGUCCUGUCAGCCCGGCCAGGGGCCUUGCCCGACGACGCCAAUGCCAGUAAUGGCAACCAGACGGAGAGCAGCAAAUUUCCCUUUGGGAUCCAUCAAGCCAAAAGUCACCGGAACAUCAAAUUGCUCGAGGACGAGCCACGGAGCCGAGACGAGACUCCGCUCUGCACCAUCGCCCCCUGGCAGGACUCCCUGGCCAAGCGCUGUAUCUGUGUGUCAAACAUCGUCCGCAGCUUGUCGUUCGUGCCUGGCAACGAUGCUGAAAUGUCUAAGCAUCCGGUUGUGCUGAUCUUGGGGAAGCUGAUUCUCCUGCACCACGAGCACCCAGAGAGGAAACGGGCACCGCAGACGUACGAGAAAGAGGAAGAGGAGGACAAAGGGGUGGCCUGCAGCAAAGAUGAGUGGUGGUGGGACUGCCUCGAGGUCCUGCGGGAUAACACCCUGGUCACAUUAGCCAACAUUUCUGGGCAGCUAGACUUGUCCGCAUACACAGAGAGCAUCUGCUUGCCCAUUUUGGAUGGCUUGCUGCACUGGAUGGUGUGCCCGUCAGCCGAGGCACAGGAUCCUUUCCCAACCGUGGGGCCCAACUCAGUCCUCUCGCCCCAGAGGCUUGUGCUGGAGACCCUGUGUAAACUCAGCAUCCAGGACAAUAACGUGGACCUUAUCUUGGCCACGCCUCCAUUCAGUCGUCAGGAGAAACUCUACGCUACUUUAGUUAGGUACGUUGGGGAUCGCAAAAACCCAGUCUGCCGCGAAAUGUCAAUGGCGCUCUUAUCGAACCUUGCCCAGGGGGACGCGUUGGCAGCGAGGGCCAUAGCUGUGCAGAAGGGAAGCAUCGGAAACUUGAUAAGCUUCCUGGAGGACGGGGUCACCAUGGCCCAGUACCAGCAGAGCCAACAUAACCUUAUGCACAUGCAGCCUCCGCCUCUGGAACCGCCUAGCGUAGACAUGAUGUGCAGGGCAGCCAAGGCCUUGCUGGCCAUGGCCAGAGUGGACGAGAACCGCUCAGAAUCUUUGCACGAGGGCCGUUUGCUGGAUAUCUCCAUAUCGGCUGUCCUGAACUCUCUGGUUGCCUCUGUCAUCUGUGAUGUACUGUUUCAGAUUGGGCAGUUAUGACAUAAGUGAGAAGCCAAGCAUGUGUGAGUGAAGAUUAGAUGGUCACAUAUAACUGGCGUUUCUGUUCUUGUUUAUCCAGCGUAGGAAGAAGGAAAAAAAAUCUUUGCUCCUCUGCCCCCUUCACUAUUUACCAAUUGGAAAUUAAAGAAAUUAUUAAUUUGAACAGUUAAGAAAUUAAUAUUUGCUGUCUAUGUGUAUAAGUACAUCUUUUUAUUUUAUUUUUUUUAACCAAAGUUUCUGUCUAGUACACUCAAAGGUCACUUAUUUGUUUUCCAUAGAUUUCUUUUUUCAAUGUUCUUAUCCAUGUUGUAUGGCAUAUUUUUUUGGGAAGCGAAUUAGUGACUUUUUAAAAAAAGAAAAAUAUUGGGACAAAAGCAUUGUAUCAUGAAAAAAAUCUCACCGCUUUGAAACGAAAAGGUGGAACAACCGCCUACCAAGUUCUCAUGUCUUUUAUUUUUUCAGAAAAGGAGAAAAAAAAGCCCGUAUCCCAUCACCCAAAGCUCUGUGCAAUAGAAACUUCUAGUGAUGUAGGUAUAGGGGAUCAAGGAGGUGUGUCAGUCAGUAGUCAAACUCUGAAAUGAUAUUGGUUUCUCCACAGGAGAAUGGUUACAUUAGGCUAGGAGCAAAAAGCAAAUUUUUUUGAAAGUUAAGAUGGAAAAUACAUACCUGACGACGAUCAACGUAAAUUGCUUCCUCACCACUCUACUGUCAUGUCUGCUAUCUGUUGUUUGACCUUCCACGAUGACAGUUCUUCACAAUUCCUUUAAUCAUUUUUUAAAUAUUUUUUUUUACUGCCUAAGGGCCGUGAUGUAUAUAGAAGUUGUACAUUAAGCAUACCCUCAUUUUUUUUCUUUUUUCUUUUUUCUUUUUUUAGAACAAAGUUUUUAGUUUCUUUUCCAUGAUGUGGUAACAACAAAGUGAUGGUAGAUUUAAAUAUUUUUUUUAAUUUUUAUUUUAUAUAUUUUUUCAUUAGGGCCAUUUCUCCAAAACGAGGGUAAUGUACAAGUUUCUGUAUGUAUAAAGUCAUGCUCUAUUUCGGGAGAGCAGCCGAUCACAAUUUGCUUCAUGAAUCAAGGUGUGGAAAUGGUUGCGUAUGGAUUGAUUUAGAAAAUGGUUACCAGUCUACAGAUACAAAAAAAAAAUAUACAGGAAAAAGAAGAAACACAACUUCAAAGAUUUUUCAGUGAUGAGAAUCCGCAUUUGUAUUUCAAGAUAAUGUAGUUAAAAAAAGAAAAAAAACUUGAUGUAAAUUCCUCCUUUUCCUCUGGCUUAAUGAAUAUCAUUUAUUCAGUAUAAAAUCUUUAUAUGUUCCACAUGUUAAGAAUAAAUGUACAUUAAAUCUUGUUAAGCACUGUGAUGAGUGUUCUUGAAUAAUGUUCUAGUUUCUUUAAGGAAUGCUACUAGAAAUCCAGCUAAUGACAAGAAAUAUUGAUCCUGCAACAGUAUAUCUGCCCCCCUUUAUCAGCAUCAUCGUCAUCAUCGCCAUCAUCAUUAUUAUUAUUAUUCUAGGAUCAUAGGACUGGGAGCUACUUUAUGUGGUCACCUUUGUCUUUGAUAAAGAGAAUUAGUUGAACUGCAUAACUGGUGGCUGAUCUUUUUAAACAACAGUCAAGAAAGGAUCUUGGGCAGGGCAAAUGGGAAGUGUCUAAGGAGAGUGCCCUACUUUGAGAGCGUCAAACACAGCACGCAAGUGAGGCCGCAGGGGGUCAAUUGGCGUGAAACUCUAUCCAUGACCUUCUUUUUUUGAGCACGACACUUGCUCUUGUUUCUCCCCUUGUGAUGGCAGGCUGUGGGCAUGUAUGUGCCCGGUUCAGGGUACGCUGUGAUACGGAUGUGCAAGGCCCAGCAGAGUUUGUGCAUUUUGUUAUUUGCCAGAGUAUUAGCAUUGAAUUUCAGAGCCCAAGUCAUAUUCUCACAUUCAUCUGGUGAACACUGACUUUUAAAAUUGUUCAACGCUAAACGUUUUCUUUUUGAGUCAUGACUGUUUGGUAUGUAAGACAAUCAAUUUCUUUGAAACUGCUCCAUAAUUAGAGCAUUUGGGAAUCUAAUUCUCUCCUCCUAUUCCCAUGGGAAUACCCGAAGACUCUUUCACUCUAUUCACUGUAAUGUAAGGACAAGCUACCCAGGUUAAAUUCAGAAUAUGAAAUGUGAGUCUAUCGUAAAAAGUUGCUUCUUCCCACACACAUUUUCAUCACCCGUCCGCGCCCACAUCAUUUAACAGUCUAUUUGCUUCUUCCAUUCAAUUACAGUCAAGUAGAUGUCAAAUUAAGAACCCUACUUACAGCUCAACUAUGUAUUUAUUAACUGAGGGUAAGGUGUGCAGGGAAAAAUCUAGAUAUUUGUGAGUGGGAAUCCAAUAUCAUUUUAGUUUCUCUUCUGGAGUAUAAAGGGAAGGUGUUGUCCUACCCUGAAGUUUGUCUGGUAUGCAUUCUUAUCACUCAAAACAGGAGAAAAGUACUAUUGAGAAAUCUCAGUUUUUGGAGUUGGAUUUGUAAUCAACUAGUGUCCCGGAUCUGUAUCAAGUUACAACGUUCAUAUACGUUACACCCGUCUGGUUGGAUGAUCAAUUUACCCACUUCCCUGCAGACUUUCAAAAGCCUUGUGGACCGCCCAGCUUAUUUCUGAUGGUCUUCCUCCACAACCGAGCGACCAAACUGGUUUAUAAGCCUAAAAACUUGUUUUGUUUUCUCUUUGGGGCUUUUCAGAAUCAUGAGACAACCCAGAGCACCCAGGUGCCAUAAACCUUUGGGCAGAAACGAUGGGAAUAAAAUGAAAGUCCGACGAAGAUUUAGGAGUUGGAAUAUCUGCUGUAAUAGUUGAAUCUGCUGGUAUUUAAGGAGCCAAUUUUUUAAUGUCAGACAAGAGACGUUGUUGGCUGGUAUUUGCUAAUAAACGAGCUAUUCAUUUA